AUGGCGACAGAAGAACAUCUUGUGCAGUUCCGAGCCACUCUACGCGAUGCGUUCGUCAAGCUCUGCCGUCGUCAAUAUGGACCAUCUCCGAAAGAAAUUAAAUCAAUGCGCCUGAUCCUCACUGUUCCUGGAGAGUUUGAAGUAAAUUUAACGGUCUUGGGAGAACGCGAACAAACUCCAUGGACACUGUUGAACAUUAAAAUGCUGGUGGAAGACUACGAAAUUGGCUAUGGAGCCCAACUGGUGCAUCCCCUCCAACUACAUAUGCUACACAAUGUAUUACAGUCGAGGAUGGAUGUCGCAAAGAACCCAAUAAAUGAGGUUUACAAUUUCCUACACACCUUCGCGCAGUCAUUGCAACUUGAUGUACUGUUUUGUCAAGCCUCCCAGCUCGCUGCUGGACGUUUAAGGAAUAAAAUUGUCAUAGAAAAAUAUGACCCGAAAGAACGUAUCCUGUCUAUCGGAUAUUGGGUGCAGCGUAUCGCUAAGCGAGUAAUAGGAAAUGUUCGGUGA